AUGAGCGGCUUCUCGUGGUUGGCCGUCGCCGCCGCCGUGCAGUGGUACCUCCUGCAGGGUGUCCAUGCCGGCGUGCUCCGCCAGCAGCUCCAUUUCGACGAGGCCGCGGCGAAGAACCGACCAGUCUCCAAGGUAAUCACCCUGCUGAAGGACAUGCUGAAGCAGCUGGAGAAGGAGGCCGAGGAGGACGAAGAGAUCUACGAUAAAAUGGCUUGCUGGUGCGAAACAAACGACAAGGAGAAGACCAAAGCCAUCGCUGACGCCGAGGCCCGCAUCGCAGACCUCACCUCGCAGAUCGAGGAGGCCACUGCGCUGAGCGCUCGCCUCGCCACGGAGAUCAAGAACCUCGAGAAGGAGGUCGCCAAGAACCAGGAGGCCCUGGACAAGGCCACCGCCAUCAGGCAGAAACAGCUGGCCGAGUUCAACGCCGAGGAGAAGGACCUGCUGGAGUCCAUCUCCGCACUCAAGGCCGCGGUCACCGUGCUCUCCAAGCACCACGGCGGCUCGGCGGCCAUGCUGCAGGCACCCAGGGCGCAGCUGGCGGGCGUGGUCAGCAAGCUGCGCGGCGCGCUGGACAAGCACCGGCAGCUGCUCAUCGGCGCCUUCUCGCCCAGCGAGCGGAGGGCCAUCGACGCCUUUCUGCAGUCCCCUGGGGACUACUUCGACUCGGCGCCUACGUUCAAGCAGUCCUACGCGCCUCAGUCUGGCGAGAUCUUCGGGAUCCUGAGGCAGAUGAAGGAGACCUUCGAGGCGGACCUGUCCGACGCGCAGAAGCAGGAGAUGGAGAACCAGAAGGCCUACGAGGAGCUCAAGGCGGCCAAGGAGGAGGAGAUCGCCGCCGGCCAGGCUCAGUUGGACACGAAGUCGCAGGAGCUCGCCGCCACCGACGAGAAGCUGGCGCUCGCCAAGGAAGACAUCGAGGAUACCAAGAAGAACCUCGCCGCUGAUCAGCAGUUCCUGAUGAUGCUCAAGGAGAAGUGCUCCAUGACCGACAAGGAGUGGGAAGAGCGCCAGAAGACCCGUCACCUCGAGAUGGAGGCGGUCUCCAAGGCACUCGCGAUCCUGAGCAGCGACGACGCCCACGACACGUUCACCAAGACGUUCAACCCAGCCUCCCUGUUGCAGAAGGGCUCCGCCACAAAUUCCGCCAACCGCAAGAAGGCGUCCGCGCUGCUGAGCGCGGUAGCGAAGAAGUUUGGCAGCUCCCGCCUUGCUGACAUUGCCAAUCGGGUGGGGCUGGACGCUUUCGAGAGGGUGAAGGAGGCCAUCGACAAGCUGAUCUCGGAGCUGGCACAGGAGAAGCAGGACGAGAUCAAGCACAAAGACUUCUGCGUGGACGAGUUCAACCAGAACCAGCUCCAGACCGAGCGCAAGGAGCGGGAGAAGGCGGACGUCCUGGCGAAGAUCGAGGACCUCAAGAUGACGAUCGAGGAGCUCGCGAAGAUCAUCGACUCGCUGAAGGCCGAGAUUGUGGAGAUGCAGGUCCAGCUCAAGAGGGCCGGCGAGGACCGCGAGAAGGAGAACAAGAUGUUCCAGGACGUGGUGGCCGACCAGCGCGAGACCCAGAAGCUUCUGCAGGCCGCCCUGAAGGUGCUUUCGGACUUCUACGGCAAGUCGGAGGCCGCACUGGUGCAGAAGCAGGAGCCCGCGGGCCCGGCCCCGCCGCCGGGCUUCGGCGACUACAAGAAGAGCGCGGCCGGGGGCGGCGUCAUGGGGCUGCUGCAGCAGAUCAUCAGCGACGCGAAGGCCAUGGAGACGGAGACCGUGCGGGCCGAGGAGGACGCGCAGAAGGCGUACGAGGACUUCGUCAAGGAGACGAACGCCUCCAUCGAGGCCAAGAGCCAGGACAUCGUGGACAAGUCCGAGGCCAAGGCCAAGGCCGAGGGCGACCUCGUGGAGGCAGAGGAGGCCAAGGAGGGCGUGCUGCUCGAGCUCGAGCAGCUCGGCAACUACAAAGCCCAGCUGCACCAGAGCUGCGACUUCAUCAUCAAGAACUUCGACAUCCGCCAGUCCGCCCGCGACGAGGAGAUCGAGGCUCUCAGGCAGGCCAAGGCCAUCCUGUCCGGCGCAAAGUUCGAAGAGCUCCUGCAGGUUGCCUGA